AGGGGGUGAAGGUGUAGGACUGUGGGGGAUGGGGAUGGAUGGGUGGAUGGGGGUGGAUGGGGCGUUGGGGUGUGAUACGAUCUGCUUUUGUUUUGUUUUGCGUUGUGGUCUUUUUGCCUGUGUUUUACGAGGCUGUCUUGUCUACCUAUUAUGUACAGUUUGAAGUUGCGGUGCGUCUGUCUGUCUAUGCAGCAGCCGCGAUUGCCUGCCUGACCUGCGGCUUCGGCAGCAACAACGUCGUGCCCACCUUCGCCUGCACCUGUCCCACAAUCAAUCUCAUCGCCUUCGUACCCACAGAGCUAUUCCUAGCCGCCAUCCUCCUGACCUCGCCCACCACGGUGCCCACCUCCUUCUCGGCGACCAAGCUCCCAUCGCCACCCGCGCCAACAGCGUACUUAUACCCCCCCUCCACCGCGCCCCUCAUGUACACCUCACGGGUGCGAUCAUAACGCCUCCAGCCCUCGAGCCCCCACUUCUCGGUACCUCUUCUACGCACCCUCUCCGUCUCGCGGAUCAGCACACUCGACAGUCCCGCGACAGUGAGCGGGGUAGCCGGGACCAUGGGGAGGAGGCUUUCCAGCGUGACAGGCGCAGGCGUAUACGCCACCUCUUUCGCCGGCAGCGGAUUCUCCUUGUCGGUUUUGCGAUCGUCCCUUCUGCCGCUGCCUCCACCACCACCACCGCGAUCACCGCCACGGGGCCGCCCUCCACCGGGUUUACCGCCGCCACCACCGCCACCGCCAGCGCC